CAGACUGGCUCCGUUGCUCUGAAAGUGUUGGGACGCGGCGGUUUGAGGCAGUUUUGAGCUCUCGGUUGUCUCGGUUUGUGUCUGGAUGAAUAUUCGAUCGGUUUGUGUGUGCUGGAGCUGAAUAGGUGAAUCCGAGCGGAAUCUGGACUCUGUGGGACGCCGAGUGAAGAAGCUCAGUGUUGAAUGGCUGCAGAAAGCACCAGUACAGCAGGAUGAGGAAGGUAACUUUGUGUGAGGCUUCUCAAGGUAAACCGUCGAAUGGAACCCCUUUCACUAACGAUCCCGAGACCUCCCAGAGUCUCAUCACUAACUCCCACGUGGUGAAGAAACCGAAUCCAUGUUUGCAUCCUGCAGGUAAAACCCCGGUUACGCCUGCUCUCUCCGAGAAGCGUGAGGUCAAUGGACUAAACCCUCAGCCCUGGUACAACUCUACGCUUGCAGACAGACAGGAUAAGUCAUGUCCCUCCAAGGCCGUCGGGAUGUUUUCCUUCCAGCGGAAGUGCAGUGCGCUGGGCUCUGAGCAGGCGACCGGUCUUCACUUCAUGGGUUCCUUCAAAAAGCUGCGCUCUUCUGUACUCCAGAGCAUCCAGAACAGGAGCGGGGUAUCGGGUACCAAUCAGGAAAACGACUUUCCUAUAAACACUGACUACAGCAACGGUUUCCUGGUAACUAAAAAAGAUCCUGUGCUGAACGCUGGAAGUGGUCGAAGUACUGGUAAAGAGACGCCGGCGGUGACCAACGGGGUGUCUACGGUCGGACCUGUUAUACGCAUUUUAGAUGAAGAGGACGACGAUGAGGAAGAUGGGUAUGGUCUACAGCGGAACUCCCACUUUUCUCGGAGUAUACGCAGGGCAUACCGAGCAGGUCGCAUACCCUUACUGGACAACGGGUCUAAGCAACCGGAAUGCACCACGUCUGAAGACCACACCCCGCGCACUCGUCCCUGCAGCGCUAUAGAACCCGCCGGGCCCGACAUGCCUUUCGGAUCUGACGAGAAUUCUAAGGUCUUGACUAGCAGGCUCAGCAAAAGCGCCGACAACUUGCACAUCUUCAAGAGCCCUUUCCGACGCAAAGUGUCCUCGAAUCCGCCCCAGCACCCAGAAAGCCCCAGCGCCCAGAAAAUCCAGAGAACAGCCAGCGCCUCAUCGGUAGACAUGCAGGAGUGUGUGUCGGGCAGAUGCAGAAGAAACACGGGAGUCAGAGUCAAGGUGCGGAAAUUCGUUGGCAGUUUAACCGAUCUUUCAGCCGACCAUAAACCCACCCCGGUUCCUACCACGAAGGAACCCUUAUCUACGCUCAGCCAGCUCCACGAUGACUACUCUCGCCGGACUCCCUGCCUUCCUAUCGCAGAGCGCCAACGCAGGCCGGCGCCGAUACACGCCCGACCGCCCGACGAGCAGAAAACAGAGGCUGAUGUCCACAUCCACGCUUCCCCUUCGGCGCCCACCACGUGUAGCACCUUCCCUGAUGGCGCUCAGCAUUCCAGCCCCACAGAGGUGCAGCUUCCGGGGACGUCGACAUCUCCCACUGACCAGCAAACGUCUUACACGAUGAACUGUGAGACUGUGGAGGAACAGCUGGACGAGCACUGUGCGGACCCCACACCGGGGCAGAAACCGGACGGCGUUAAAGUAAACCCACAGUGCUUCUGGAAGACUCCGGAGAGCGAGACUGAACAUCAAGAGGCGGCAUCAGAAGCCCCAUUUUUGGACGACCUUCCGAAACCCAGCAGCGAGAGAUGCACCGACUCCGUCUUCAUCAGUCCUCCUGCCACACCCACCUGUGCCUCAGAGUCACCCUUAGCAACGCCGACCUCGCCGACCUCGUCCUGCGACACGCCCAUCUCUCUGGUGCCCAGGAGGAGAACGAGCAGAUCCAAACCCCGCCCGAUCUCAGACUACGGUCAACUCAUGUGCAAGAAGUACGCUGUCCCUAACGAGGAUGUGGAAAUGGACUUCACCUCUCAGGAGGACUGCACUGAGAGUCACGACAAGGAGAACGGCUACGUUAACGGGGACGUGGAGGGAAAGAGGAGACGACCGGUCUCUGUUAUAGGAGUGGAUCUGUUUGUUUGUCCUGAUGAGAAGAAAGACAGCGAUUGUUUACCCUCGCCCGUCGCUCGGCCUCCUGUGCCCUCUCACGGGGUGCCGCCGUACCGCGCGGUAUCUGCACGCCUGCGCCCCUGCGUCUUCUCCCAAAGCACUCCGACAGGUCUGGACAGAGUGGGUCGCCGCAAACAGCACCGAGUCCUCAGUGAAGGAAUCUCGGAUGCCAGCGCUGGACUGGACGACAGCGUGAGCGAGGAGGACGGCAGCUUCGAUGAGCUCACUCAAGGAAAACCGUACCUGCAGCCAGAGGUCGAUUUGUCCACUCUCAACCAGUACCUCUCGUCCGGCCACACCGUGUACGCCGAGGCCCUCUGGGACCACGUGACUAUGGGCGAGCAGGAGCUGGCCUUCAAGGCCGGGGACGUCAUCAGGGUGCUGGAUGCCCAGGAGAAGGACUGGUGGUGGGGGCUGGUGGGCGAACGUCAGGCCUGGUUUCCCUCCAGCUUUGUGAGAGUGCGCGUGAAUCAGGAGGACUCGGCGAGCGAGAACGUAGAGGAUUCUCCCGAGCAGCGAGAGAUGCUCUGUAAAGAGCCGCACAGCCAGAGCGCCGAGCACCGGGAGCAGAUGAGGGCUAACGUGGUGCGGGAGAUCAUGAACACCGAGCGCGUCUAUAUCAAACACCUGAGAGACAUUUGUGAGGGUUACAUCCGUCAGUGCAGGAAACAUCCGGGCAUGUUCACAGACACCCAGCUCAGAACCAUCUUCAGCAACAUUGAAGCGAUCUACAAGUUCCAGAGGACGUUCCUCAAAGAUCUAGAGAAGAACUACGACAAAGAAAACCCUCAUCUGAGUGAAAUAGGGGCGUGCUUCCUUCAGCAGGGUGAAGGAUUCUCCAUAUACUCGGAGUAUUGCAACACGCAUCCGGCGGCGUGUGCCGAGCUGCAGCGGUUGAUGAAGCAGAGCCGAUACAAACACUUUUUCGAGGCCUGUCGCCUCCUGCAGCAGAUGAUCGACAUCUCCAUUGCUGGGUUUCUUCUCACGCCUGUACAGAAGAUCUGCAAAUACCCGCUGCAGCUGGGCGAGCUGCUCAAAUACACACCCAAGGAUCACAGUGACCAUACAGGAGUGUGUCAAGCCUACGAGGCGAUGAAGAACGUGGCCAGUCUGAUCAACGAGAGGAAGAGGAGGCUGGAGAGCAUCGACACCAUUGCUCACUGGCAGGUGUCCAUUCUCCACUGGGAGGGUGAGGACGUGUUAUCUCGGAGCUCGGAGCUGAUCCACUCCGGCGAGCUGACCCGGGUGGUACGUGCCGGGAAGACGCAGCAGCGCAGCUGUUUUCUGUUCGACCACCAGCUGAUUUUUUGUAAGAAGGAUGUGCUAAGACGGGACCUGCUGCACUACCGAGGGCGCCUCAACAUGGACAGCAUGGAGCUGAUAGACCAGCCGGACAAGCGGCAUCAGGAUCUGGGCACGCUGCGUAACGCGUUCGCUUUACGUAACGCAGAUACGCUGGAGGUGCUGUGCGUGCUGAGCUGCAGGAAGGCCCAGGAUAAGCAGGCGUGGCUGGAGGCGUUCAGUCGGGAGAGGAGACGUGUUAAAGAGGAUCAGGAGAUGGGGAUGGAGAUCAGUGAAACUCAAAGGAAACAAGCGAUUCAGAAUGCCAGAAAAUCAAAGCAAGGCAAACUAAAAAAUAUGAAUUAUCCUGGGCACCCAGCCUCUCACCAUCACCAACCUCUCCACCCUAUGCAUCAGCGCCACAUAACCGUACCGACCAGUAUCCCCCAGCAGCAGGUCUUCUCUUUAGCAGAGCCGAAGCGGAAACCUGCGCACCUGUGGCACAGCUUCACUCGCAGCGCCCUGUUCCGAAAAUAAAAGUGGUUCGGGUUUGUAUCCGGUGACAUGAAGAAGCCCCGCGCACAACCCUGGUGCCAAUGUGAACCCACAGAAGUUGAUAAAUGAAAGGACUGUGUGUAUGUUUGUGUUCUAACAGUGUUUCUGAGACCACUGAAAACCCCACGAUCAUGAGUUUUUGUUGUGAUGUGUGAGGUGAAAGAGAGACUAUAUGAACAUAAGUGCCAAAAGUAUUUGUUCACUGUAUGUAGUUGGUGUGGUAAAAGUGCUGCUUGUGUUGAUUUUCCUGUCCUGUUGACCACAUCGAAAUGACAAUGAUGUUAAUGACAAUGAUGUACAUUCAUCAACUUGCUGUAAUCGUAUUUCCUCAAGGCUGGAACCUGUUUUUGAAGGUUAGAUGCACUAAUAACUUUUUAUGCUCUGUAAAUAAAACACUUGUAACUUA